CAGCGCACCAAACGUGUCUUCGAGUCCCCUGCAUGAAAUACCCAUCUUCCCAUUCCUCCGCAAGAUCUUUACUCAGCCCAGCGAUCCAGCCAAGGCAAAGGAGAUGACGCGCCGCCACGUAUGCCAGCUUCUGAGGGCGAUGUGCCCGCUAAGAUCCCGCAACCGCGUUUGCCCUCCAAGAUACAAGAUUAGUGUCGAACUAGCUCAUUGUAUUUUCCCUGGGCCGACGUGAUCAAGCGGACGAAGGGGUGGGGACCCCUACCCCCUAGUUGAAGCCAGCAAUAAACUGAUGCUGUGCAUAGAAGAUUCGCGCGUCCGUGUCUGGCGUCCCGCUGCGUGUGCUUACGCCUAAGACCUUAGCCGACAAGAUUGCGCUGACAGACUCGUCCAAGUCGCGCCGCCGCUGGCCGCGCGCCAUUCUGGAUCGCAAAGAUCGCUUCUUUAUCCGGAUACGGACGCGACCUUACUAUGGAAGGCAGCGUUGUGGGAACUUGUGGCUCCGCCGCGGCGACCGUAUCCGGAUGUGGGAUCGAAAAGCGGCGCAGAUUCAACUGCGCGGACUUGUUAGUUUUUGUUUGGUCUUUCUCGGCGAAGCGCAAGAAAGAUGAGUGGCCAAGCCUCCCCCGCUGCCGUGCACCCGGUCACGGUCGGUAACACCUUUGUGAAGCAGUACUACCACCUCCUCACGGAGACGCCGCAGAACCUGCACCGGUUCUACAAGGACAUUAGCCGCUUCUCGCAUGCGACGGGGUCGCAAAUGGAGGAGCCCAUCUCGGGCCAGACCGCGAUCGGCGAGGCCAUUAUGGCCAAGAACUACGUGGGCACGCGCGUCGACCUUGACAAUGGCUCGAUCGACUGCCACGCGAGCUUGAACGGCGGCGUCAUUGUCAUGGUCACGGGCAUUAUCAAGCUCAAGAACAGCGCGCCGACGCCGUUUGUGCAAACGUUCUUCUUGGCCGUGCAGCCCAACGGGUACUUUGUCUUGAACGACGUGCUUCGCUUCCUCGAGGUCGCCGCGCCCCGCAACAGUGUGCCCGUCUCGCCCGCGAAGAAGCUCGCGCCAGCCCCGUCGCCGUCCAAGUCGACCCAAACCGUCGUCGCGGCCAAGGAGCAGGCCACGAGCACAGCGACGCACACGCCGGCCAACACGCCGACUAAUGCUACGAUCCUCAAGUCCCCGAAGGCGCAGACCGUCGCCUCGCCGCCGCUUCCUGUGAAGACCGCGACGCCGGUGAAGGCGGCCCCGCUUUCCCCGAAGCCCGUGCCUGCUUCGCCUGUGGCCAAGCCGGCGUCGCCUGCUGCCAAGCCUGCGACGCCUGUUGUAAAGCCCGCGUCGCCUGUAAAGAAGGUUGAAGAAGCGAAGAGCCCGGAAUCGCCCAAGGCUGAGCGUCAGACGCCGGUCGUGUCGCCCAAGGGCCAGAAAAAGCAGCACACGCCCAAGAACAAGGCCCCUGUCGAGGAAGCGCCUGUGACGCCGUCGCCCAGCGAGCCCAAGAGCUGGGCGUCUCUCUUUGGCCGUGCACCUGCCGCUGCGUCGGUCAAGGCCGUGAGCUCCCCUGCCCCCGCCCCCGUCGAGUCUCCUCGCAAAAAGCAACCAGCUGCCUCGUGGACUGCGGACGAACCUGCCGCCGUUGUUGCCGCGACGUCGGCGCCGGCCGCUGGCAAGCCCCGCGUCUACAGCAUCUUUAUCAAGGACGUCCCGACGCAGGCGACGGAAGCCGAGAUGCGCGAGCUCUUCCGCGGCUUUGGCAAGAUCGUGACGGUCACGGUGACUAACCGUGGUAUUGCGUUUGUCGACUACGCCGAAGCCGAGAGCGUCAAGGCGGCGCUGGCGCACGGUGCCGAUUUCGUCCUCCACGACCAAGUGCUCUCGGUCGUUGAGCGCAGCGAGCGCAAGGACGGUGGCGGUCGCGGCGGUGGCCGGGACGGCGGUCGUGGCCGCAGCAACGCCAGCGGUCGAGGCAAUGGUCGUGGCGGCCAGGGCAACGGCCCGCGGAAGUCGGACCAGCCUCGCCCCGCGGCGGCCAAGGACGCCAGAAAACCCGCGCCCAAGACCGGCGGGCGUGGUGGCCGUGGCCCUGCACAGACCAACUAGUAGAUGGAGUGAAGUUAAGUCGACACAAAUAGGAUACUAAAGUUAUGGGCAUACACACCAAGCACC